UUUCUACCUUUCUAGGGUUAGGGUUUUUGAUUUUAAUUAAACAUUAAAUCUGUAUGCAAUUUCAAUUUGCACCGAAAACAUUACAUAUUUAUAUAAUAAAGUUCAGUGCUUUUUGUUCACAUUACAUUCACAGAUCACUGAAUUUUUUUUCUUGGGUUUCACGCUGUGAAAUCUCUACCGUCUGAUCUUGAUUCAUCUGGGCUUUAGCGCCCUGUCGCCAUUGAAAUCCAUUAUCGUCAGCGUCUCAUGGACCCCUCUCAACAUCAUGCUACUUCUCCACUCAAUGAUCAAGAAGAUGAAUGGGACACUGAUGGAUUUGUGAUUCCAAGCUUGGGAAUAGAAGACCCAAAUCAUACUGCAGCUGAUGCUUCUGAAGUAGAAGCAUCAAAACCUCCUUCUCCAAAGAUUAAAAAGGAAGAGAACAUAUACUUAGGACCUCACGGGGUUCCUCCGUCACAAUCAAAGCAGCAAGAUCUGAACCCUUCUGGUCGAAAACAGCGGUUUAAGCAGAAACUGAAGGAAGCAGAUAGGAGAAUAAGUGGAACAGGGAGGGAAAAUAAGUUGGAGAAUUUGCGAGAGCUAGUGGGUAGUGGAAGGGGAAAUCCCAAUAUGGCAAAGGGUUCUCUUAGGGACUGGUUAGACCCACAUUGCCAUGAAUCAGAGUUUGAGAAGUGGUCCUCUCAGUGAAUGGACUAGUAGUUGGUGCCUACUCUUAGUUCAAAAUCACAUAAUAUUUAUUGAAGUCAUGUAUUAUGACAAUAAUCGAUCAUCAAAUGUACCAUUUCUUGCUGCUAAUGCCGAACUUAUAAAGGUAAUGGAUCUUAUUUCUCCGA